AUGAAAAUUUUAAUAUUAUCAUUUUUCUUAAUUUUAGGAAUAAAUUUAGUAUUUUGUCAAAGUUCUAUUUCUUUAAGUGCCACUAUUUAUGAUCAAAGUCCUGCACGUAAUCCUGAUUUCGAAAUACCAAAUGCUCCAAAUGCUGUAGUUAAGAAUAUGGUUCUAAGUACUUUAGGUGCUGAUAAAACUCCAACCUAUUGUUGUGGUGAUAAUGGUGUUUAUUAUAAUGGUCAAUUUGAUAUUCAUAGCCAAUCCACAUUUGAUUCCUGGUUCCAUGAAAUUGAAGGUAUCAGUUAUGCCGUUCCAUACGAAUUAGUUUUAAUUGAAUCGAAAGACGAACCAGGAAUUUAUGUAUAUACCUCUAGUUCUUUCUUCCCAAUUGAUGGUAAAGGUUUUGAUAAUAAAACAUUAUACCCAGAUGAAAUCACCUAUAAUGGUCACAACUACCAUUUUUGUAUGAAAAUUCAUAGUAGUUUUACCUAUCAUGGUGGUGAAUAUUUCACAUUCGCUGGUGAUGAUGAUGUAUGGGUAUACUUUGAUAAUAACCUUUUAAUAGAUUUAGGUGGUUUACAUACAAGUGCAUCUGAAACAGUUUACUUAGAUAACCUAGGUCUCACUAUUGGACAAUCAUUCCCAUUUGAUUUCUUUUACUGUGAAAGACAUACAUAUGAAUCUAAUUUAAAUAUUAUUACAAACUUGAAUUUAACAUGUAUUGAAUAUGACGCAUGUGGAGUUUGUCUUGGUAAAAAUGAUACGUGUUGCUUUGUAAAUAAAUGUGAAACCAUUAAUAGAUGUUUAGAAGCUGACUGUAAUGAAGGAACCAAUUUCCAAUGUGAUUACCAUAUAAAGAAUUGUAGUGAUGGUGAUAUUUGUUCAACUGAUGGUUGUGAUAUUGGUUUUGGAUGUAUUAAUUUACCUAUAAACUGUGAUGAUGGAAAUUAUUGUACUAAAGAUUAUUGUGAUCCAACAUAUGGAUGUUUACAUAUCGAAACUGCAAAUUGCACUGAAUGUUUAGAAACAGGUUGUAUAACUGUUCUCCCAUGUUUCCCAGUAACAUGUGACAGUUUAAAUAGUAGCCACUGUGUUGCUAGUGCUAUGAAUUGCUCAGAUAACGAUCCAUGUACAUCAACAGAAUGCGUUAAUGGAGAAUGUACAUAUGAGUGGAUUUGUGGAUCAGAAGAUUCAUCAUCUGGUGUUGUAGAUUCAUCAUCUGGUGUUGUAGAUUCAUCAUCUGAUGUUAUUGAUUCUUCAGAUAUUAUUAUUGAUUCUUCAUCCGAUAUCCCAAUACCAACACUAUCACCUUCCCCUCAACCAUCACGUUUCCCAACUGAUACACCAACUAAUACACCAAUGCCACCAACCCGUCCUCCAACUCCAACUGAAGAUCCAAAGAUCUAUGAAGAUCCAGAAGAUUUAGAUAAAGAUUGUUUACAUUGUAAAGAUUUAGGUUGCAUACUAACUGGUAAAAGUUGUGGUUACUUAAAAAAUGAAAAAUACGAAAAAUCAAAUUGUAAAGAGAAUUGUUGUUCACAUACUCCAACUUGUUUUUAA